GGGACGUCUCCUUAUAAUAGUAAACCUCUGAUUUCUACUCUCUCUCUCUCUCUCUCUCUCUUCCCGAUCGAAUCUCUCUCAGUUUCAGAGCUCCUUCAACCCCCGAGAGAGAAAGUAGAGUAGAGUAGAGCUACUUUUCUCUCUCUCCGUGUUUUCUUUUCUUUUGAAUCUAAGAGGAAAUGUUUUCGCCGGCAUUUUGAACAUUCAGAGUUCAUAAUUCACAUAUGUGAUCUUGAGUAAGGUUUUUGUUUAGGAAAAUCUUGAUUGGAAAUUGGAAAUUAUAUAUAUUCAUAUACAAAAUGCGAGUGAAGGAGAUGCACCCGCUGUGCUGCAUUUCGCUGGAGAGCGCGGCGGGAAUCGGAGACCAGUCGCCGGAGAUGCUGUCUCGGACAAGGAGCUUGCCGGCGAGCCUGGCCGGUGGGAGUAGAUCGGAGAUGAAUGCGGCUGCGGCGGCGGCGGAGGCGACGGUGGCGGGAGUGCUGUACAAGUGGACGAAUUACGGGAAGGGGUGGAGAUCGAGGUGGUUCAUGCUGAGAAACGGCGUCCUCUCCUACGCCAAGAUUCGCCGGCCGGAGAUUACCGCACUCAAUCUCUUCACUCCAAACGACGACGUUCGCUUCAUCGGAGAGAUCUCCUCCAAUCGCCUCUCCGCUCGCCGGAAUAAGCCCCACAAGAAAUCCGUCGCUAUCGUCCAUCUCAAGCAGAUAUCGUCGUUUCGAGAAAGCAAGUCAGACGACAAGAAGUUUUACAUAUUCACAGCAACAAAGACGCUUCACUUGAGAACUGAUUCAAAGAGAGAUAGAGAGGCUUGGAUACAAGCUUUGGUGUCAACAAGGAGUCUAUUUCCGCUAACUAGGACAAUAAACGACAAUCUUCUCUCAAAUAUUGUGCCAAAUGAUCUGUCUGUGUCGACAGAAAGGCUUAAGAAGCGGAUGCUUGAAGAGGGUGUUGGUGAGAACCUUGUGAAGGAUUGUGAGCAAAUCAUGCUCUUCGAGUUCUCUGAAAUACAAGCACAAGUUAAGCUUCUUUGUGAAGAGCGCUCCAAUUUACUUGAUACCUUGAGACAGUUGGAGGCAGCUAAUAUUGAUGCGGAAGCAUCUGGAAUAACUGAUGGCGAAUACCAAUUGACAAGGCAUGAGUUUUCGAGUCUAGGACGUGGAAAAUAUAGUGAAUGCAGCACAACCGAGUCAUCUGAUGAUAUUGAGAAACAAGAGCUUGAAGAAGUGUCAGAUGAAGAUGAAGCAUCCUUUUAUGACUCAAGAGAGGAAUUUUCUGAAUCCACCACUGGUUGUGGCUCUAUGAAAGAAGUUGUAAAUAACACUGACAAGCAUAGGAAGCCCGAAAGUCAAUUCGGUAAUGCAGAGAAAAUGCAGAAUCAGAAGGAAGUAGUUCAUGAGUCUAGGUACCCACAUGUUGAAAGGCGAAAAAAGCUUCCCGAUCCACUCGAGAAGGAGAAAGGAGUUAGUCUAUGGUCUAUGAUCAAAGACAAUGUAGGGAAGGAUCUCACACGAGUUUGCCUUCCUGUUUACUUUAAUGAGCCGAUAUCAUCCCUUCAGAAAUGUUUCGAAGACAUGGAGUACUCGUAUCUCUUGGAUCGAGCAUAUGACCAUGGAAAAGCGGGGAACAGCCUCCAAAGGAUUCUGAAUGUUGCAGCGUUUGCGGUGUCUGCAUAUGCUUCGUCUGAAGGUCGGCAUUGCAAGCCCUUCAAUCCUUUGUUGGGGGAAACAUAUGAAGCUGAUUAUCCUGAUAGAGGAGUUCGCUUCUUUUCUGAGAAGGUUAGUCACCACCCAACCCUCAUUGCCUGCCACUGUGAAGGUAGAGGCUGGAAAUUCUGGGGCGACAGCAACCUCCGAUCGAAAUUUUGUGGCACGUCAAUUCAGCUUGACCCUGUUGGAAUUCUAUCUGUAGAAUUUGAUGAUGGUGAAGUUUUCCAAUGGAGUAAGGUAACAACGUCUAUUUAUAACCUUAUCUUCGGCAAAGUCUACUGUGAUCACCAUGGGAUUAUGCAUAUACGUGGGAACCGCCAGCAUUCAUGCAAACUCAAGUUCAAAGAGCAGUCACUUCUUGACCGAAAUCCUCGCCAGGUUAAUGGAUUUGUCGAAGAUGUUACGGGCAAAAAAUUUGCUACAUUAUUCGGCAAGUGGGAUGAUAGCAUGUAUUAUGUUAAUGGUGAUAGGAGCAACAAUCCAAAGGACUGCACUUCAUCAUCUGAAUCAUCCUUGUUGUGGAAAAGGACUAAGCCGCCUCCUAAUUUGACGCGGUACAACUUAACUUCAUUUGCGAUCACAUUGAACGAGCUAAUCCCUGGUUUGCAGAUUAAGGAGAAGCUACCGCCCACGGAUUCCAGGCUUAGACCAGACCAGCGGCAUCUGGAGAACGGAGAAUAUGAGAAGGCAAAUGCAGAGAAACAGCGGUUAGAGAAGAGGCAGAGAAUGUCAAGGAAACUACAAGAAAAUGGGUGGAAGCCGAAAUGGUUCGAGAGAGAUGGUGGAAACGGACCUUUUCGCUAUGUGGGCGGCUAUUGGGAGGCGCGCGAGCAGGGGAAAUGGGAUGGCUGUCCCGAUAUCUUUGGUGAAUUCAAUGAAGGCCUUGCUGAUCCCUUGGAAGGGUCAUGAAAUGAUUCAGGCUACAGGAUACAGAUAAAAAGCGUUUCAGAACUAGUGUGGAGAAAAAGGUCCACCCGAGUUUAUAGCUGGGUUAAAGAACUGACCCCACCAAAGGGGAAUUUAAAGAAGGGAUUAAAUCUUCUAACUAUAACUAAGUUGAGGGUUAGAUUAUAGUCUAAGAUAUCCUUGUAACUCCAAAGAUGUUUAGAUUAUCGUCUAACGUCACCAAAUGUUAGAGAUGUUUGAGUGUUGGAUUAUGUAAUGUAAUGGUAAUAUCUCGCUGUCCUUUUCUCUUUCUCCCCCCCUAAUGUGUGGUGCUAGUGAUUGGCUGAGCACUGAUUUUAGUUCCACAUUUAUUUGUAUUCUCUUUUUCAGAAUAAAAGAAGAAAAGAUGUAUUCAUGUCAUCAUUUGAG